AUGCAACCCCUGUACGAACUGUUACGAAAAGAAGCGGAUUUCGUGUGGAGCAAACAAUGCCAGCACGCUUUUGAAACCAUUAAGAAAGAAAUCAUAGGCGAUCGAAUACUUACCACAUACGCACAAGACUUACCGUUGAUUUUAGAAGUUGAUGCAUCUCCCUACGGUUUGGGAGCCAUGCUAGCUCAUAAAAUCAGGAACGAAACGAGACCUAUUUGUUUUAUUUCGCGAUCCUUAACAAAAGCGGAGAAGCAAUACUCACAUUUGGACAAAGAAGCUACAGCGAUUUAUUGGUCGACGUCAAAAUUGUGGCAAUAUUUAUACGGCCGAAAAUUUGAACUCAUAACAGACAGCAAACCAUUAAAAACGAUAUUAAAUCCGAAUAAAAAUUUACCGGCAGUUACGGCGAUGCGGUUAAUGCGAUACGCGUUGCAUAUGAGACAAUUUAAUUACGAAAUAACAUACAGACGAGGUAAUGAAAAUAUUGUAGCUGAUUUCCUAUCGCGUGCGCCUGUAGAAAGCGUAAACGACGAACGAGUAGACGAAAAUUUCAAAGUAGAAGAAGAGAUACUACAGAUAUUACAAUUGUCUUGCACAAAAGCAAUCACAUACCAAGAAAUAGCAAGCGAAACAAAACGCGACAAAGAAUUAAGCGAACUGAAACGGAAAUUAGAAAAUGGUACAGAAUGUGAAAAUCAGUCCGAAUACUCACUACACAAAGACGUUAUAAUGCGGGGAAAUAGAGCUAUCAUACCGAAAACCUUACAAGAAUAUGUGCUUGGCGAGUUACACAACACUCAUUGCGGCAUCGUGAAAAUGAAAGCCAUCGCGCGAUCAACGGUUUAUUGGAAGAAUAUCGAUAAAGAUAUCGAACAGAUUGCAAAAGCAUGUCACAUCUGCGCUCAGUAUCAAAAAGCGGAUCGACAUGUUCCAUUACACAAAUGGGAAACGCCUACAGAACCGUGGCAAAGAAUUCACAUUGACUUUGCGGGCCCAAUCUACGAAAAACAACUACUAAUAGUUAUCGAUGCAUUAACAAAGUGGGUUGAGGUGAUAGUGUUCGACAAAGCACCCACGUCAAAAACAACAAUUACUGCGCUCAAACACAUAUUCGCUGCGCAGGGGCUACCAAUGACAAUCGUUUCCGACAACGCGACAAUAUUCAAGAGCGACGAAUUUGAGCAAUUCUUAGAAGCCAACGGUAUAGCUCAAUUAAACAGCGCACCAAAUCAUCCCGCCACGAAUGGACAAGCGGAGCGUACAGUACAGACGAUUAAAACGAAACUUAAGAAAUUAAUGUCCGAGUCGACGGGAAACAUACGCGAGAAAAUUGACGAUAUAUUAUUCGACUAUCGCGCGACACCAUUAAACUGCGGAAAAACACCGGCGGAAUUACACUAUGGUAGACAAAUUAAAACAAAAUUACAUCUACUGACACCGCCAACCAACUUAAUAACCGAUACAAAAUACGACAAACACGAACGAAAAACAAAAUCAUUUACGAUCGGACAACGAGUUCUAUCCCGGAACUAUUACGGCAAUGAUAAGUGGCUUUUGGGUACCAUUGUUGAGCGACUCGGGAAAAUACAUUACCAUGCGCGCCUCGACAACAAAGUAAUCGUAAAGCGUCACGCAAAUCAGUUAAAGCGUACUGCGUGCCAAACGACACCAGCGACUUCAGUCGGCGAGCAAGUGAAGAAAAAUGAAAACAAAGCGGUAUUAUUCAAGUUACCAGAUAUAAGCGUACAAAAUCAACGGAAACCGGCACAGGAGCAAAAAUCAGAACAAGUACAAGUACGACGAAAAUCAGAACAAGUACAAGUACGACGAUCAACACGUACACGUCGUCCGGUAGAACGUUUAAAUUUAUAG